AUCCCCCACACACAGUGGCCGUCUCUCCGGGUGAAAGCUGUCUUCCCUGCGCUACUGCCCCGACCAAACGUUGCUGUAGCAGAGACAGUCGGCACCGAUCCGAAGCAGAGCAGACCCACAGGAGAAAGAUAAAUACGCAAGAAAUAUCGUUUAUUUGUUCCACCGACUGGUUUUGAUUUGCAUAUCCACUUCCACUCCUUCCUCAUUUGCAUACAGCAAGAAUGGCGAGCGGGCAUCCCACAGACAAAUUCAGUUUCAUGUAUCAACCAGACACGCACAAGAGUAAAAGCAGGUUAUCUUCAGCCAUGAAUCCCGUCUACAGUCCCGUUCAGCCUGGAACUCCUUAUGGAAACCCCAAGAACAUGGCCUUCACAGCUUAUCCAGGAGCUUAUCCAGCCACAGCUCCCACCUACACUCCCAACCUCUAUCAAACAGGCAGUCCUGGGUAUCCACCAGGAUAUACCCCAGCGGGAACCCCGUACAAAGUGCCCCCCACUCAGUCCAAUGGAGCACCUCCCCCCUACACCCCCACUCCCACCCCGUACCCCACAGCCAUGUACCCUAUCCGCAGUGCCUACCCUCAGCAGAACCUUUACGCACAGGGAGCGUAUUACACCCAACCAGUGUAUGCAGCUCAACCUCAUGUGAUCCAUCACACUACCGUGGUGCAGCCCAACAGCAUCCCCUCCACAGCCCUUUACCCCGCCCCGGUCCCUGUCCCUGCCCCUCGCAACAACGGCAUGCCUACCAUGGGAAUGGUAGCUGGGACAACCAUGGCCAUGAGCGCAGGGACCCUGCUGACAACGCCCCAGCAUGCACCAAUAGGAGCACACCCAGUUACUGUGCCAACCUACAGGCCCCAAGGGACGCCCGGUUACAGCUACGUACCGCCUCACUGGUAGAACCCACCCAUCAUAUCUGGAGUCCACCAUCGUAUGCAACAGCUCAAAUAUUACACGAGCUCCCAGCGGUAACCAUGAGAACUCGGCACCUGUCUGCAAGAACAAAACUAAAGUGCAACCGCCACUUUACUAUUAUUAUUAUGCGACAUUCUCUAAUGUUUUUACAAAGGCUGCUUUUAAUUUUUUUCAUUACUUUUCUUUUCACUUCCGUUUGUUUGCCAACCAGUCAUUACCCUCUUUUUAUUUUUUGUACUUUCUCUUGAUGGUUUCAUUUGAAUUCCUCAGUUGUUGUUUUUUUUUAAGCUUUUUUUUGCCGCGUCUGCCAUUGGAACUCCAGAAAGGACUCUCUCGCCCAAUCACAGGUGUCGGUCGGUUGCUUGGGUCGCUCCUGUUUCUGUGUUGUGCUGGUGCGUGUGUGGUUCCCGCCAGCAGCCGCUCGGUCCGCCGGAAAACAUUGGGCAUCAUCAUCACCAUUAUCAGCGACUAUUGACUAAUGCUGCCAAAUUUUCUAACGACUAGAUAUCAGCACAGGGUUUUAAAAAUCAUCAGAUUAUAUUUCUUUUUUUUUUUCUUUUAAAGGGGUAAUACUUGUGUUUUUACAUCCUUUAAUCUACACACCUCAAUUGCUUUACUUUUUUUUUAUUAUUUCCAACCUACAUCUUCAUCCCAUUUUAUUUUUUUGGGGGAGGGGGGGUGUUCAGUCCGAUCUCGCUCGUCUUCCAAAUGGUAGUAGCUGUAUGUCCGUCAUCCCGUCUGUUACCUUAGUCGGUGCUGUGAGCACUUACAGACCACGACCCGUCGUGUCAGCAUUACAUUGUACCUAGUACACGCUAACGAAACGAUUCGCCGACUGCAUGCUACACGCUAUGCAGGCAGGUAUGUCUGGACAACAUUUGAACCUUAACCUAGCUAGUUUGGGUCACAUAAGUGACUUUAAUGUGGGAGGGUUGGUGCAUUUAAAGUAAUAUUUUUUUGGGGGGGAGGGUACACAUUAACAGAUACAGACUCUUAGUGGCACUUACUGUACAGUAACUCCAGGUUAAAGAAACAAAAAGAGAACCACACAGUGAUCUGCAAGACAUCAGAGAAGGGAUUUGGAAAGGAUUUUAUAGAAACUAGGAAAUGGCAGUAGGAGGAUAUAACACAGUCACAGGCAAGGAUAUUUUUCUUUCAAGGUAUAAAACAUUUAUACCUCAGGAUUUUGUCGCUUCUCGGUUAAAGAGAAGGACACAUGGUUAUUUAUGUAGACUAGAUUGCUUUUCUGGCUGUGGUUGUGUGAUCUCCUCCUACCACUUCCCAGGCGAGGACUAAUAAACCCACACAACACGAUGAGGCGAAUUUAAUGAAGGGCCAAUAAAGUAAAACCCACUGACGGAUAGACCUCGGUCUGAUCCACUGCUGCUGAAUGAUAGGAAACCUUUUGGUUCCGACAGGAAUGCCACAGACUAACUUUAAUGUUUUUUGUGGAGGUAGAAUAGAAGAGGGCUGCAAUGCUUUCACUUCCAAACCUCUUUGUUUGUCCUCGCCUGGAGGAGAUUAGUGAAGAGGGUUAAAAAAAAGGAUUGUGGGGUUUAAUGUUUAGAUGAGGCGUGUGGCAUUUGUUCAGGAUUAAAUACUAGCAAAAAAAGUGGAAUAAAAAGAUGAAGUUGCUUCUGGGCAUAGGCCGGUUCCCUCAAUUCAGAUAUAAGCAGCUAAAGUUAAAAAUAAAUCAUUUCUAAUUGUAUCACUCCUGUGGGUUAAAGUUCUCUUAUUUAGAUAUAAGUACCCCAGUGAUUAGAUAACUUUAUUGCAUGGAGCCCCCUCCCCACCUGUUGCUGGGGAUGGAAAGCCUGCUACAUUUCACUGGCUGUCUUGAUUACAAAAGACAAUUUUUGCCACUCAGGAAUAUUUUUUAAACAGUGCUACACAAUUUAGGAAGUUAUCAAUUGCAGCUGACUAAAAUCUUCUUUUCUUGAUGAAAAGGAAUCAAGGAAAAGAUAUAUCAGCAAACCAAUUAUUGCAUCCGUUUUCUUUUUAAAUUUAGGAUAUUAUCAGCAUUAGAACUGCGCCGAUUAUUGCAAUUCAAGAUGUGCAGCCCUAUUUGGAACAUUCUCUGCCGUAAUAUCUUAAAUUUCUAAAAUAUAAAAAAAAUCCAAUUCUAUAUUUGGGAGCAAGUUACAGUAUCAAUACAAUGGUCAAAGUUUAUAACAUGGUUAUAAAUGUUAAUUAAUCUCUUAGCAGCUGUAGGAAUAACUGUUGCUUUUUUGUAUUUAAAUACGAGCGGUUAUAUAAUGUUUUCCAUAUAAGUUUCUGUGCAAAUUCACUCAAGGUUCACUCUGGAUCUUGUACCGGCCCAUGCCUAAUCGCAUCUUUUAACUUAAAGACCUGUACAGUACAGAUUAUUACAAGAAGCAUAUACAGCUGGUAAUGCGGAUGGUGAGGUUUGAUUAUUGCAAUAAAAUAAGAGAGAAACUUCAGCUGGUGGCGUACAGUAACUAUUUUAUUGAAAAUGUUCAACUUGUUUUUCAAAUAUCGCUUAUCGUAAUAAUAUCCAUAUAGGAAAUCGCGACGUUCAAUAAUUAAUACUGCAAAGAAGUUAAGAACAUAUCAGACGUUUUGGGGUAUUAAAUAACCUUGUGAGGAAUUAUUGCACAACGUUUAAGAUAAAGGAAAAAAAAAAACUUGACUAUAUCAUAAUUACAUUUUAAGUAACAGGUACUUAGGCUUUGUAGUGCAAAAUGGAGGAAGAAGCAAUUUAUAUCAUAAUUAAAACAAUAAGGUGGAGUGUUUGAAUUAUUAUUAGUCAAGAUAUUUGUACACUAGUAGGUUAAUUCUUAAGAAGAUAUUACAUAAUGCCGCUGUCGGAGGAAAAUGCGCUUUUUGCUGAAUAUCUGGUGGAUAAUAAUGAAGAGUUUUAACCAUCAUUAGAUUCUGUAGAUUUAAAAUAAGACUAAAUAGGAAGGGGGAAAAAAAACGUGAUUUUCUUGCGACAGCAGUGAUGUUACUCUACAUUAAGAUUGUUUAACCAACCACUACUAUUGUCAGUAUUUCCGAAUUAAAUCCUCGUUUGCUUUUCUUUUUUUUUUUUCUCUCUCUCUCCUUCUCUCCAAUUGGUCAGUUGAGCAUAAUGGGUAUGCAUAAUAUUGAGGUGUCUUACAAUAGCAUUGGAUUUUUAGGUUU